AUGGAUGUUCAUAGAGGAGAGGAGUUGGAUUCUCUGGACUUUACCUGUGAAGCAGCAGCAGAGGAGAGUCCAGAUGAGGACGCAGAUCACAGUCAUGUUUCUGAUCAGGAGGAGGAGGAGGAGGAUUUCUGUGUCUUCUGUUGUGAUGAAGGACAGCUGUCAGUCAUCCAGUCUUCAACUCUCAGGACUAUAAAGUCUCCCAGAGCACUGGAGCAUGCUGCUGCUCAUGCAAACUCACCCUCUAUGGAAAUGACUCCUAUGAAUGGACAAAUGCACUCAUCAACUCUGCUGCAGGUGUUGUGUCAUGUUAUGUUCAGGAAAGAAGGAGAGCUGAAAGAGGACACAAGUUUAGUCCAAAGGUGUUUUUAGAGGAGAGAGAGCUCCUGUCUAUGAAGGCCUUAGUUUCUGGAGUGGACCAUCUCCAUCAGUCUGAGGGUCACCUGAUCCACUACACAGAGAGAGAGAUGAAGAAAGAGCUUCAAUAAACUUCAGCACAAGAGGUCACUACAGCUGACUACAGUUGAGAAGAUGAAACUGAUCUCAGCUCUUUCACUUCCCUCUUACUCCAGUAACCAUGGCAACAGACAGGCAUCGCUGCUCAACCAUGACUACAGACAUGUUUCAGUGCUAUAAAAGAAGUCCUUAGUGCCUCUGAAAACCAUGAAAAAUAAUAAAGAUUUAAGGUUUUCAAUUUUAUACACUUUGUCAAAAUAAAUUAAAACUUUCAAAGAAAAACAAUUAGCCGACAUAUUGUUGUGAAAAAGUUUGGAGCUUUUUUAAAGAAUUACUUCAGGCAGAAAACCUUUAAAAAAGUUAUUAUCAAAUUCAAAAAAGUUCCUGGAUUUAUUUUAAAGUUUGGCCAGUUAACUUGGAAAAUAAUUCAGUCCAAUUAACCCACAGAAUGAAUGUUUUCAACUGAGACAUACGAACUGAUGUUGUAAACUGAGGUCCCGUUGUAAGUAAGCAGGUGUUGUGGCAAUGAAACUCUUUUUAAUCAAUGAGCUUAAUGACAAAAGAAGUUUAUUGAUCUGAUGAUAGGAGUCAUUUCCAUAGAGAGUGAGUUUGCAUGAGCAGCAGCAUGCUCCAGUGCUCUGGGAGACUUUAUAGUCCUGAGAGUUGAAGACUGGAUGACUGACAGCUGUCCUUCAGAUUAACUCCAACAGGGCCUUAGAUUAUAGACAUGAUGAUGAUGAUGAUGUUCAAUAAUGGAUUAAUCAAUUCAUCUCCUGAUUGAUCAAACAGCUUUCCUGACUUGUAUCAUGAAGGUUUAGGUUUGUUCUUCUUCAUCCAUCUAUUUGGAGAGAUUUCUACAGUCUUAGCCCGAUGCUGAGGACAAUGAAUGUCAACUAUUCAAUAAAUCAAUAAAGAUCUUCAAAAACUGGAUUCAUUCAAAUGAGACUCUUUUGAACCCGACUGGUGAGGAUUUCAACUCACAUGAAGAACAUUAGAUCAUCUUAUUGAUCGAUUGAUUGACUGAUGAGUAUUGAUAUGUAUUUCCUCAGAAUAGUCAAAAGUGUAAUGUUUGAAUGGUCUGAUAGUGUUUGUGUUAUUUCAGUGAUUUUCAGUGGGGUUAGUCAGUGUGUGAGUGUCUCUGUGCUGAUGUGCAUGAGAGGUUUCUUAAAGGGAAGUGAAAGUCCAUGAAGAAGAAAAUCAACGUUCAACAUGAAAGCUGUCCCAGUGUCUGCUGUUUGAUUGACAGCUGUGUGCUCCCUGUCCUCUAAGCUGAUUGGUGUCUCCUAGGUGAUUCCCCUCCCAAACUGACGGUGCUGCCCCCCUCCAAAGACGAGCUGGAGCACAGGCAGGGCAAGGCCAGGCUCAUGUGCCUGGCCAACAAGGGCUUCCCCUCAGACUGGACUCUGGUCUGGAAGGUGGACGGCAGCAGCAGCAGCAGCUGGGAGGAGAGCAGGAGCCCUGCGGUGCUGGAGAAGGACGGUAAAUACACCUGGAGCAGCACCCUGAGGCUCCCUGCAGACCAGUGGGACAAGGUGGUCUCUGUGACCUGUGAGGCCACCCAGGGCUCCCAGACUCCGGUCUCAAAGACCCUGAGGAGAGACGAGUGUUCCCAGUAGUGAUCUGAUUCACUGGAACCCUGAUUCAGUUUUUCCUCUCUUCCUGCUCUCAGUCUAAACUCUCUCUCUCUCUCUCUCUCUCUCUCUCUCUCUCUCUCUCUUUCUUCGUCUCUUCUCAAACAUGUUUUUCCUUUUUCUCUCUUUGAUCGUUUCAGAAGUUUAACUCAAUAAAAACAUUACAUUAAAG